CCCACACCACCCAUCCCUCACACGACACAUCGAAAAUCCAGAGGACGAUAUUGUUUUCAAUCGAGUACUACUGUACCUGCAGAAUCAACUCAGUCGAUCUGGAUACCUUUGACAACAAGCUACUUUAGCUUACCAAAUUCCGCUCCGGAGGAUCAGGGAAAGCCACAACCGUUUCUCUCACGUUCCCCCGCCGCGAUAGUGUCGCAUUGCAAAGCUCCGCUACCCCCGAAUCGCAGGAACCCACGCAUCAGUUUGGAAUAGACCACCAUACACAACCAAAGAAGAAAUCGAUUUGUAAAGCCCGAAUCAUCACAAGGUAAACCGCAAUACGUGUCUGGUGCCGAAAGCGUCCUGAUAUACCACAUCGAUUUUCCUGAGAGCUUGAUCAACGAUUGCGAUAAACCACCCACUGCCGGCCGCCCUACCAAUUUCCGACCCGCCAGGGGGCACCUACUGGCCCACACAUCGCACAGCGAAAAGCCCAAACCAACUCGCCAAAAUGCCCGGAAUCCUACCCAUGAAAGUGAUCAAGGUGGGCACGAGCUCACAGAGCCGUAUUGCACAGGCUUGCGACAGAUGUCGUAGCAAGAAAAUCCGUUGUGAUGGCAUCAGACCAACUUGUACCCAGUGUGCGAAUGUUGGGUUUGAGUGCAAGACGAGCGAUAAGCUCAGCAGGAGGGCGUUCCCAAGAGGCUACACAGAGUCUCUCGAGGAGCGCGUCAGAGCGCUGGAGGCCGAGGUUCGUGAUUUGAAGGACUUGCUGGACGAGAAGGACGAGAAGAUCGACAUGUUGUCGAGGAUGCAUGGUAGUAGCAGGAGACAGUCGGAAGGAUUCUCUGCUACGCCACCUCGAGAUCCGGCCAGGGAUGCAUCCGGCAGCCCCAAAAUCAAAGAAGACACGUUCCGAGUCUCGGCAUCGCCUUUAGUCCUCGGGGUUGAAAACUCGGACUCGUAUCAAAUGGGUCCAUCCAGCGGUCGUGCUUUUAUUGAUACAUUCAAGAGGAAGCUACAAGAAGCUGGAAAGCCUUGCGCCGACUUCAACCCAGAGGCAUUCUUGCACAUACAAGGCUGCUAUCCUCUGCUACCACAUCCACCCAAGGAGGAGCAGCUGCGCGCUCCACCUCGACUAUUCUCCGAUCGAUGUGUUAAUGUCUUUUUCCAGGAAUGGGCGCCUCUAUUCCCCGUCAUCCACAAGCCUACUUUCCUCCGGAUUUAUGAGGAGUUUGUGGCUGACCCGGAAAAGGUCAAGAGCCACCACAAGCUUGCCCAGCUCCAUCUGGUUUUCAGCAUCGCAGCCAUAUCUGGAGAAAAGCCCGACUUGGACCAGAUCGCCAUAUGCGAGCUACAGUGGCGCAGGUCUCUUGAACUUGUGUUGAUGGACAACACUAUGGCCACACUUCAGUGCCUCAUACUGGCACUGAUGUUUUGCACGAUCAGGGCAGAUUACAAACGUCUCCAGUACUACAAGGGCAUUGCAGUCGGACUGUCUCACAGGCUCGGCCUCCACCAGUGCCAGAAACAGUUUUCAUUCGGGGCACUAACUCUUGAGACGCGAAAAAAGGUCUUCUGGACGCUUUACACAAUGGACUGCUUUACCGCUGCAACUUUGGGCCUCCCGAGGCUCCUGACCGAGAUCGAUAUACACGCCGAGUACCCCUCCGAUGUCGAUGACGAAUAUGUGACCGAGAAAGGAUUCCAACCAACACUUCCCGGCGAAUACACGAGAAUAUCUAGCGCCCUAGCGUUGUUCCGGGCAACCCGGAUUUUGGCCAGUGUGUUGGACAAGAUAUACCCGACCACAGCAGCGCACGAGCUUUCGUUGCAAAAAAUGGCAGCCCUUGCAGCGGAGUUGGAUCAGUGGAAUGAUAGGCUUCCACAACAUCUGAAGCUCACCUUCAAGCAAGACAAGCCCUCUACCGACGUGACUGGCAGCCGGUCACCCCUUUUGGCCUUUGCUUAUUAUUAUAUUCGGACCUUGAUCUUCCGCCCUGCCCUGGGGUCAAGCCUAGGACCAAAGGCUGCGUCUGCUAUGAUUGCUGUGGGAGAAUCAAGCAAGCACAUGAUCCAGAUCACUCAGCUCUUGGAAGAAAGAAACAUGUCUUUCUCAUUAUGUCUAAACAAGGCAGAUACCCUGAUAUUGUGCGGCAUGGAGUUGCUCUAUCACUCGCUAGAGCUGAAAACAGGCAGUAAAACGAUGCGCGACACCGAAAGCCUAGUCAACUGGGUGAUCAAGACUGUCGAAACUGCGAGAGCGCCGGGAUCCUAUGACUUCAAGCGGGUUGCCGGCCUGCUCGUUUCGGUGGAUGAGACAACAGAAAAACGAACAGCUCUGCCCACUCCACCAAGCCAUAGCCCCGAGACCAUCAUGGCAGCACCUACGCAGAGAGCAUCGCCACAAAUGUCACAACCCGCGAUGCCGCCGAGGAAUGCGGCGUUUCCACUCGGUCGUCACACUAGCGCAACAAUGAGUGAGACGGAUCUUCUUCCACAGCAGGAGAAAUUACGAAGACUUUCGAUGCCGCAAAGUUCGACACAACCAGAACUAGCGCAUGCCGACUCAAGAUCGUCUUUUGACGGCAACAAGGUACACGACGUGACAAAGCUGGCGAAGAGAGAUCAUCGACUCUCGCUGUCGAUGACGCAAGCACAAAUUAUCGCGAGAUCGUCACCGCAUCCCAGACCAGGAGUCCAGGGCUUAGACUUUUUGCCUCUGGGAGGCCUGAAGCGUCAACAGCACCAGAGUGCACAGCCUCCAUCGCCAGAACAGUCACGACCCCGCCAGCAGUUCCAGGAGCAGUACCGCUUACCUAGGAAACCAGAGCAGAAGAUUUCUGGUUCGGGCACAGUAUCAACAACAGCCGAGUGGGAGGCGCUUUUGGGGUCGAUGGAUGGUGGGCAGGUCAACGUUUACGACGCCAUAUACGGCGGACCCGGCUUAUCUUCCUUUGCGGCGACGGAAACUCCAGCGUCAGCCACCUCAGGUGGGUGGUCGCCAGACUCUUGGGAUCUCUCGGGGAUUACGAUUGGAGGAACCAGUGGGGGAGAGUUUGAUGUUUCUUCGACACCAGUAGCUCAAAGCGUCUUGAGCAUCAGUGAUGAGAGUCUGAGCUCGGCAGGCGAGGAGCUUGAUAUAACUGGGUUGGACUUUGGUCAUCAUCAACAUAUGGUGUCGACAACAAUGGCGGGUACUUCAGAUGGGUUGAUGAUGGAAUCUUUGAAUGGGCGCUUCGGGUUGUGAGUCUUAUUCAUUUUGGGUUGGAUCAAGUUGAGCCUAGGAUUGAAAAGCCAUGUCUUUUAUCUCGAGUAACUCUUUUUUGCCAUCUGUUCUUUUAUUUUAUUUUAUUUCUUUUUAGGAUCUUGUUCUUCGGCUUAUCUGGUUGGAUAUAGCAUGUAUGAUGACGGGAUAUGGGAUGACAUUAGCGUGGGACUCUUUGUGAGAUCUUUUUGAUUGUUUUUGUUUCUUGCGUAUCUGGCCCGAACAGUAUGCAUUUUGGAUUAAUUUGUAACCGAGACAAGGAAAAGCCGAUCUUUGACAUUCACCGCCGUUCAUCUACGUGCAACAUGGCGACUCCUGGCCUAGAGAUAUGAAGCAAGGCGACCUGUAUCGCAUCUUCAGAUGGACUUGCAACGCAUCCACAGUUGGGGGAUAACAGAAAUGACCCGCAAGGUGCAAUAAUGCCUCAAUUACAGGCGGGUACCGACCAUUGGCAAUUCCGAUUCGUCGAGGCUGUCAGGACCCAACGAUCGGCCAUGGCUUGCCGGCAAACACGUGGGUGACG